AUGACAAAUGAUAAACAAGUUGAAUCAACUCAAAAAAAAACAUAUGGUAAAAGAAAAUUCGUUGAAUGGAGUGAAGAAGAAGAUUUGAAGUUGACUGGAUGCUUUGAAAAAUAUGGCAGUGACUGGAGAAAGAUAAAAGAUGAACUUGGUUGUAAUAGAAGCCUUGAACAAAUUAGAAAACGUGCUCGCCAUUUAAAUUUAAAUAAACCAAAAAGAGCAAGAAAAACAGUAAAUAAUAAUACUUCUAGUAAUAAAACACCUAAUAAAAAAACAAAAACAAAAGCCACAACACCUAAUACUACUACACCAACUAAAGCUAGAUCACGAUUAAUUCCAAUUUUACCAGCUGAUUAUCGUUCUGUUUAUACUUAUUUAUCAUGGUCAUUGAAAUAUAAUAGUAGGGAUUUGAUUGAUGAAAGGAUGGACAUUGGCGAGAAACCCGAAUUAACUAGUAAAGGCAAGGUUAUACUAAAGAGUUUUAUCGAUCAUUUAAUAAACAAUACAAAUGAAUUGUUUACACAAAGACAAAGAAAAUUUAUUAUGCAGAAAUUAUACUUGCUUAAACAAGCACUUACACCAGGUGGAAACGAAAAAAUCACUAUAGGAUCAUCAACUCCAAGUAAUCCAUUAUCAAUACCAUCUGAUUUACUUAAAUCCGUUUAUAAAUAUUAG